AUGGCGGCGACUGGAGCAGGUCCUGGCCCCGGAGUGGUCGCCGGCCCUGGUCCAGGAGCAGCUGCAAGUGCCACAACGGCAGAAGACAGAGAGACAGAGCCGGUGGCCUCUGGGGCUGGAGAGGGGCCGUCUGCCGCCCCGGGAGCGGAGCCCAGCUCUGGAGAGGCUGAAAGUGGAGAUGCAAACUUGGUUGAUGUAAGUGGGCUGGAGACAGAAUCUUCUAAUGGGAAAGAUACAUUGGAAGGUGCUGGAGAUACUUCAGAAGUGAUGGAUACGCAGGCGGGCUCUGUGGAUGAGGACAAUGGGCGGCAGUUGGGAGAGGUCGAGUUGCAGUGUGGAAUAUGUACAAAGUGGUUCACAGCUGAAACCUUUGGAAUAGACACGUCGUCAUGCCUACCUUUUAUGACCAACUACAGCUUCCAUUGCAAUGUGUGCCAUCACAGUGGGAAUACCUACUUUCUCCGGAAGCAAGCAAAUUUAAAGGAGAUGUGCCUUAGUGCUUUGGCGAACUUGACAUGGCAGUCUCGGACACAGGAUGAGCACCCAAAAACCAUGUUCUCCAAAGAUAAGGAUAUUAUACCAUUUAUUGAUAAAUACUGGGAAUGUAUGACAACCAGACAGAGACCUGGAAAAAUGACUUGGCCCAAUAACAUUGUCAAAACAAUGAGUAAGGAAAGAGAUGUGUUCUUGGUAAAGGAACACCCUGAUCCAGGAAGCAAAGACCCAGAAGAAGAUUACCCCAAAUUUGGACUUUUGGAUCAGGAUCUUAGUAAUAUUGGUCCUGCUUAUGACAACCAGAAACAAAGCAGCGCUGUGUCUGCUAGUGGGAACCUAAAUGGUGGAGCCACUUUGGGAGGGGGGAUCGCAGCAGGAAGCAGUGGGAAAGGAAGAGGAGCCAAGCGUAAGCAGCAGGAUGGAGGAACAACGGGGACCACCAAGAAGGCCAGAAGUGACCCUUUAUUUUCUGCUCAGCGUCUCCCCCCUCAUGGCUACCCUCUGGAACAUCCAUUUAACAAAGAUGGCUAUCGGUAUAUCCUAGCUGAGCCCGAUCCUCAUGCCCCUGACCCGGAGAAGCUUGAACUUGACUGCUGGGCGGGAAAACCAAUUCCUGGAGACCUCUACAGAGCCUGCUUAUACGAGCGAGUCUUGCUAGCCCUACAUGACCGAGCUCCCCAGUUAAAGAUCUCUGACGACCGGCUGACCGUGGUUGGAGAGAAGGGCUACUCUAUGGUACGGGCCUCUCAUGGGGUACGGAAAGGGGCCUGGUACUUUGAAAUCACUGUGGAUGAGAUGCCACCAGAUACCGCUGCCAGGCUGGGCUGGUCCCAGCCCUUAGGUAACCUUCAAGCUCCCUUAGGUUAUGAUAAAUUUAGCUAUUCUUGGCGGAGCAAAAAAGGAACCAAGUUUCACCAGUCUAUUGGCAAACACUACUCGUCUGGCUAUGGACAAGGAGAUGUCUUAGGGUUUUAUAUCAACCUUCCUGAAGAUACAGAGACAGCCAAGUCCUUGCCAGAUACUUACAAAGAUAAGGCUUUGAUAAAGUUCAAGAGUUACUUGUAUUUUGAAGAAAAAGACUUUGUGGACAAAGCAGAGAAGAGCCUCAAACAGACUCCCCAUAGUGAGAUAAUAUUUUAUAAAAAUGGUGUCAAUCAGGGUGUGGCUUACAGAGAUAUUUUUGAAGGUGUUUACUUCCCAGCCAUUUCACUGUACAAGAGCUGCACGGUUUCCAUUAACUUUGGACCAUCCUUCAAGUACCCUCCAAAGGAUCUCACGUACCACCCUAUGAGUGACAUGGGCUGGGGCGCUGUGGUAGAACACACACUGGCUGAUGUUCUGUAUCAUGUGGAGACAGAAGUGGAUGGAAGGCGUAGUCCACCCUGGGAGCCCUAACUGAUCCAUGCUUCUGAUGACAUUGUAAAAUAAUCCUGGGUUUUGCUUUUGUUUAUAUAAAGUGUCAAAUGUUUUCCCAAAGAUGCUGCAGUACACUUUGAUCAACGUAAAAGGCUGGGUGGGACUGCAGCAUUGCCUGCCUGCCCUUCAGCAGUCCCUCCCCACAAAACUACUGCUCUCACUCUGAGUGCCAUAAAUCAACUGCUGAUCUCAAGAGCCCAUAAGCUCCCCGUAAAACUGGUGCUGUGCGGCAGACCUGCCAGCAAGGACCUGUUACGUUCCUGUAUAUUCUAAAAAGUGAGUAAUCAUGCCCAGACAGAGCUUAUUUAAGGAUAUUUGAUCCCCCUUGUUUCUGGGGAGGCAAGCUUGUUUCUGAGAGGCUGAAAUCAGUGGCAGUACAUUCUGGAACAGUCUAAAGGCAAUCUUUUUGGUGUGGAGUUUGGAUCUGUGAAACUAGUGGGGUUUUACGAACUAUCAUUGUAAAAGGAAUUUGCCUGGAGGCUUAAAAGCUAGAUCUUUCUUCCAAUAAAACUUGUUUUCAAACUUG